UUUUUUCCUUUAACGAAUUGUGGUCCACAUUUGGAUACACUAGUACACAACUUGGAAAAGAAAGCUAUAAAAAAAUUAUAUAUAGUGUAUGUUAUUAACAUUUCGAACUAAAUUCUAAUCGGCCAAAACACAUUCAUUAACAGGGCAAACUAAGUUGUUUUCUUCACCUAAAUAGACACCUAAUUUGUUUCCUUACUCUAAAUAGUAAAUAUGCUGAAUUCUAAUCGGCUAAAACACAUUCUUUAACAGACAAACUAAGUUGUUUUCUUCCCCUAAAUAGACAUCUAAAUUGUUUUCUUACCAUAAAUAGUAAAUAAGCUAAAGUCUAAUCGGCUAAAACACAAUCAUUAACAGACAAACUAAGUUGUUUUCUUCCCCUAAAUAGGCACCUGAUUUGUUUUCUUACCUUAAAUAGUAAAUAGAGAACUUUAAACAAGUAAAAAGGAUAUAGUGUUGAAGAUUUGCUUCGAAGAUCUCUUUGCAUUAAUUAACUCAAAAAUAAAAUGAUAUUAGAAAUAGAAUUCUACUAUGAUAUUUCUUUGGUGAUAGUGGAACUUAGGCAUAUGCAUUCCGGUGUCCAAUCGGGUUCGGGUUCGCUACAGAUUCUAUUUGGUUUCAGUUUUUUGAGGGCAUAAAAUUUAGUUUCAUUCAGAUAGUUUAAAAGUGUGGUUUGGAUUCGGUUUAAUUUCUUUUGAAUUUAGUUCAUGUAUAGUAAAACAUUGUAAAUCCGGUUGAACUCGUUUUAAAUUCGGGAUUGGUUCUAAUUUGGGUUUCGGUUAUCAAAAUACUUUCUAUGACUCGAAAUUACACGCUUUACUUCUAAAACUUGGGAAAAUUGAACAAAUUACACUAACAAAAGUUUGACGCCAUGAUUCAGAAGUGGUUGUUAAGAAUAUAUAAACAUAACCAAGUUAAAACUAACAACAAAUAACUUUAAAGUGUAAGAAAUAUUAUUUAAACUUCAAAAAGAAACAUUUUGUAAACUUCGGAAGCAAAACUUUUCAUAAUCAAACUUUAUAUGAAACUACCAAAACACUAUAAACUCAGUAUUUACCAAACAUAUAUAGUAAACUUAGUAUUUAAUUAAUUAUUCAUGUAAUAGAUAAUUAUUGUAGGUAUUCAAUAGGUUCUCUGACUAUUUUAGAUAUUUAUUUGAGAUUAGAUUUGAGUUUGAUAGAUUUUUUUUUGCUUUUGAAAUUUUAGGAUUUUUGCAUGUAUAUGUUUGAGUUUCAGUACGGUACGUGUAAAACUCAAAAUCAGAAAUAGCAUAGAAUAAGAAGCAUUCAGAUAUAUCUCAGAUUCAGUUUGGUUCGGCUUUAUUUUUUGCUCAGUUUGGUUCGGAUUUUUGGGUUUGUUUUUUGUCCAUCGUUAGUGGAAGUCAUAUGGUUUACAACUCUCUUUUUUUUUGGUAAAAUAAAGGUUUACAACUUAUAAUACGAGAUAUAUAGGAAAUUGGAAAGUAAACUAAAAGCCAAAAAUAAAUAAAAUAAAACUUAAAAAAUGAAAACUGAAGGAGCAAGAAAGAAGGCAUAUAUAGUUUUCUGAAACAAAAGAAAGAAAACAACACAUCACUGCAGAAAAAGGUUUCUCUAUAAUAAUAGAAGACAAGAGAAACCUAAUGUCAAUGAAGUAGCCAAUGAGCCCAACUCCACAAUCACCACCUCUACAUUCUAUCUUGGGACCAUCUCCUCUCUCUAAUAUCAAAUAACUUGAAAUUGAGAUAUCUAAUUAUAUCCGGUUUAUACCAUAAUGUUUGCUUCUUGAAUUGAAAAAAAAAACAUAGAGAUUCAUAUAUCACAUAAGAGUAAUGAUUAAAUACGUUUGUGGAGGUUAACCUUAUGUUUUUUUUGCGGUAAUGGUGGUGGUUUAAUAUCAUAUUCUGCGCAUCAUGAUGCCACUUAAACAGUCUUAAUGCCCAACUAGCUUCUUAUUGCAAUCUUUUGAGUGGAAAGUGACACUACAUUGAGACCUGAAAGAAAAAACUCGACAAGGCUGACAUAAACAACUAAAAAGAAUUCAACCACAUAACAAUAAACCUUUACAAAGAAAGCAAACAACAGCUUAGUGCCACUAAAUUGAUAGAAUGUCAAUAAUGUUUCUGUACGGAAAUGGACUCAUUUGGGUCUACUGAGAUUCAUGGUGUUCUUUGACAACGUCAUUGAUCCUCUACAACAAGAAACAUGAGAGAUAUACACAGAACUCAUGUUAACCGGAAAAGGUCAGUUUUUUCACGAUUAUGACCGGUUAAGUGUAACAUAAAGAAAGGGAAUCUGUCUAUUGUGCCACUAGACUAAAAUGCUCUGUUAUGUUUAUGUCUAGAUAGAGAAGAAAGAGUAUCUUCUUCUGUGUACCUGUUCACUACAUCAACAAAGCUAUUGUGAGCUACGAUUACAAAAACAAAGGUGAUUUUAGCCAAUGCGUCUAAUAAUUGGGACAGUACAAUCAUGAAAAUAUAAAAACAAUAAAGCAAAUAGAAUGUAACACUACACCAUGAAAAAAAAAGAAGCAAAAAAGGAGCAAUGAUGCUUAGACCACUGGUUUAGAUUGCACACAAAGUCACUAUACAAAGGGUAGUUAUUCACUGCAAAUCUAUUGAUAUAAUUGGUCACUAUAAACUUUUUGCUUCAUAGCCUCGUUAAGAUAUGAACCUUUCAGUGUACAACACUCCUGCUCAAAUGAGCAACAUAAUCAACUUAUAUAUUUAUUGGCGGUGCCUCCUUUGUUCAAACUGUCACUCGACUGCCCACAUAACAAUCUUCUUCAGCUUUGCUUCCAACUGUGUAUGCAACGCCCCCUACAUCUUUCAAUCACACAACAAAAAGAACAUGACGUAUAUGAUUAGAAGACACAACAUACACAUAUCUUUAUUGCAAGUACCACAGUGGCAUUGAUUUUUCAAUUUUUCUCUCUUUGAGCUGUCCUAUUAUAUGCCCACUUCAAUAUGUCAUGUUGGCACUUAUGGCAAGAGAAGAUACGCAUGAAUAGCACCGCUCAAAGCCAUGAUGAAAACAAGAAUAUGCAACAAGAUUAUUAUUUUCUCCAAAGAAUCUGGAAUAAGUAAAUAUUUGGUUACAUUAUAUGUUACAGACAGCUCUGCAUCCAUCCUGCAAGGACUAGUAGCCAAUGGUUGAUGUUUUGGUCCUAAGGGGUAACUUAGUUCCAAGCUUAAUAGUCAAACUCAAAUACUGCAAGAACUGACAAGAUAAACUGAUGCAAAAUGGUACAAUUCAAUAAGCAUGAUCCAAUGAAGUCACUAGACUGAGUGUAGAGAGUGGUCGGCAAGAUUCUCUUCCCAGGGCCGGUUCAAUGGUGUCAUGGACCCUGGCAAAAAAAAAUUAAUUUUUAAACUAUUAUUUUUUAAAAAAAAUCUGAUAAAUAUAUGUUUUUGUUCAAAAUACCAGAAAUAUUUUUAAAAAUAAAUCUAUAGAAAUAAAAAAAAAACUUUCGUAUAAAAAAAUUAGACCCCUUUUCUUAUUUUUAAUAUAAAAAUACAUAUAUUUUUUUUUUUAAAAUCAGGUCCUUAUAUAUUAAAAAAUAGUGAGACAACGGAUUGGGACCAGGACGGUUGCACCCACUCGCCCCCUGUCUAAGCCGGCCCUGUCUCUUCCCUCAGACUUAGCUCAAGUACCAUAAGACCCAAGUAGGGGCCCUACUGUACCAUGAGACCCAAGAAGAAAAACACAUGCAGUUAAACAAAUGUUUUAACCUUUUAUGCAGGAAACCUUGGCAGGGUGAGACUGGUGAUGUGAAUUAUUGACCUAACAUAUAUAAAAAGGUUAUGAAAUAGGAGUUAGAAAACCUUUAUAAUAACUAUCAUCCAAUAAAAUAUUCAAAGCAAAGUAUUAAAAAAUGCCAUAAAUAUUUUCAACUAAACUAAUCAUUUAUUUUUAUUAUAUAUUUUAAUAACUAUUAACCAAUAAUAUUUAAUCUAUUUAAAUAUUCUCAGUUAAUGUAUUUAAUAUUAUACAAGUUAUUAAUUUCAACCACUAAAAAUUCUUUAACAAUCUAGAAAAUCAACUUUGUGGAACAAAAAAAACAAACUUUAUGUGAUGCAGUAUUAAUUAAAAGCAAGACAAAAGUAAUGUCAGUACAGCUAUGUAGUGAACACAAGUAUAUGACUGUACCGCCCAAAACCUUUCCUUUAAAUUCUCUUCUCUACCUCUGUUUUCUUUCUUCCUGAGAGUGCUCUAAACCUUUUACCUCUACUUCUCCCUUAUCAUCCCUCAGUUUCGCAAGAGAGAAAAAAAUGGGAUCAACUUUCCUCAGAAUCUUUAUGAUCUUGGUUCUGAGUUGCAUACCAGGUAGAACCAAUCUUUGUUCCAAUCCUUCUGUUAGUACCCCAAAAGAUUUACCUCCUUCAGUUAUUCGUUCCUCAUUAGAUUCUCUCGACUUGGAAGGUUACAUCACCUUCCAUGACGUCCACAAUGCGUCCAAGGACUUUGGCAACAGAUACCACUUACCACCUCUGGCGAUUCUCCAUCCGAGAUCAGCUUCUGAUAUUUCAACAGUGAUGAGGCAUAUAGUACGCUCCACAUCAAAUCUUACAGUAGCAGCCAGAGGCCAUGGUCACUCGCUUCAAGGACAAGCUCUAGCUCAUCAAGGUGUUGUCAUCAACAUGGAGUCACUUCUUCCAAGUCAUGAUAUCAAGAUUUACAAAGGGAAACAACCUUAUGUAGAUGUCUCAGGUGGUGAGUUAUGGAUUGAUAUUCUACGUGAGACUCUAAGAUACGGUCUUUCACCAAAGUCUUGGACAGACUAUCUUCAUUUAACUGUUGGAGGUACUCUAUCAAACGCUGGAAUCAGUGGUCAAGCGUUUAAGCAUGGACCUCAAAUCAACAACGUUUAUCAGCUAGAGAUUGUCACAGGGAAAGGAGAAGUAGUGACCUGUUCUGAGAAGCGAAACUCUGAACUUUUCCAGAGUGUUCUUGGUGGGCUUGGACAGUUUGGGAUAAUCACCCGGGCAAGGAUCUCUCUUGGACCAGCACCGCUUAUGGUUAAAUGGAUCAGAACACUCUACUCAGACUUCUCUGCAUUUUCAAGAGACCAAGAACAUUUGAUUUCAAAAAAGAAUGCUUUCGACUACGUGGAAGGAUUUGUGAUAAUCAACAGAACAGACAUCCUCAACAACUGGAGAUCUUCAUUCACUCCCAACGACUCCACAGAGGCAAGCCAAUUCAAGUCAGAUGGAAAAACUCUGUAUUGCCUAGAAGUGGUGAAAUAUUUCAACUCAGAAGAAGCUCACUCUAUGAAUCAGGAAAUGGAGAAGUUACUUUCAGAGUUGAGUUAUAUUCAAUCCACUUUGUUCUCAUCUGAAGUGCCAUAUAUCGAGUUUUUAGACCGCGUGCACAUUGCUGAGAUCAAACUGAGAGAAAAGGGUUUAUGGGAGGUUCCACAUCCCUGGCUGAAUCUCCUAAUUCCCAAAAGCCGCAUUUUCGAAUUUGCUACAAAAGUAUUCAACAACAUUGUGACUAGCAACCACAAUGGACCUACCCUUAUUUAUCCAGUCAAUCAAUCUAAAUGGAACAAACAUACGUCUUUGAUCACUCCUAAUGAAGAUAUCUUCUACCUCGUGGCCUUUCUCCCAUCUGCAAUCCCAAAACCCUCAGGGGAAAGUGAUUUAGAGUACCUUUUAAGACAAAACCAAAGAGUGCUUAGCUUCUGUGCAGAAGCUAACUUGGAUGUGAAGCAGUAUUUGCCUCACUACGAAACUCAAAAAGAGUGGAGAUCACACUUUGGAAACAGAUGGGAAACGUUUGCAAAGAGGAAACACAAGUACGAUCCUCUGGCGGUUCUAGCACCUGGUCAGAGAAUUUUCCAAAGGGUGUCGUCACAAGUAUCUUCCAUCCAACUUCUCUAAAGACAAAAAACGCAAAACAGUAGUUGUGUAAAGAGGCAAGUGUUCCUUGUAACGGCUUCAGCUAGGCAGCUAAGAGAGUGAAAUUCUUUUUUUUUUUUU